CGAUGCUGGGUGGACUUACAAGUUCGCGCGCCACCUAGGGAAGAGAACGUGUUUUACGAACGGUUUCGCGUGCUCCAAGUGGAAAGUGAAAUCUUGGGCAACUUGCAAACGGUAGGGCGGGGGUAUAGUGCUUCAUUCUUGGCAUGCACCACCAGUGCCGCCGACGCUGUGUACACAUUCGUUCCGCGUGCGUCGUAGUGCUCGUUACGUAGCUCGUUGCUUCCGCAGCAGGAUCAUUACCGUGAUAUCAUCACAGUACUGAACACGAGUGUGCGUGAAACAGAUGUAAUCGAAGAAUGCUGUGAGCAAGGAAGAAAGCAUAGCCUACUACCGAAUACUAACCAGGGGCUACUCCGCUGACCACCUGCAAGCAAACUUGUGAUCGUGAAAACACCGUUCCAUGGGUCUCGUAGGAAUAUGAGCAUUUGCAGUGUGCUCGACAGGAACAGGAUCCUUAAAGCAGCAUCCUUGGUGUGAUCCCUUUUCCCGCAGCAGUCCUAAAACCCAAUAACGGGCUGAGCUAUGAGUAGAGCCACUCGGCAAACCUCCGCCGAGUAUCAACGAUUGGCCACGAGCGACCUGGUGUCAGAUAGCAGCGACUCGGAACCAGAAGACCCCGCGGUUGCAGCAGAAGGAACGUCGGAGGAAAGUGACACACCGGUACCCAGUGGUCGAUGGCGUGACGGUACCAUCGUAGACAUCGAACCACUGCAACGAGGCCGGAAAAUUGAAAUGUACCACCAGGAGCUGGUUGGUUCGGGCAAGAGUAGCCUUCGGCGGUAUAUGCUGCUCGGCACGCUAGCCCUCAUCCUCACGGUCAUCGCCGUCGCAUUGGUAGUGAUGCUGACGGCCGCUAAUGAUGAUGAAGGAAGCACGCCAGAAAAUGCACCAAUCGUGGCAUCCGGAGAUCCGAUCACACUCGAGGAUAUCCUGAUGGGAAGACUGUCGGCCGUGGGGUUCACGGGUACGUGGACUUCGAACGGUAAGAUCAUCUAUCGGGAUGAUCUCAGUUCGGUGAUGCUCUACGAUCCGGAACAGAACGAUGCGAAAACGCUGCUCGGACCAGCACAUGAGCAGCUUUUACAGGGCUUCAAGUUUGAUCUAUCACCGGACGGGAACUAUCUGCUGGUGGCUCGCGGUUACAGCAAGAUCUUCCGCCAUAGUUUUCUCGCUAUUUACGACAUUGUUGAGCUGAGCACGAGGCGCAUCAUCCCGGUGAAUGUUGGUGGUGCGAGGCGCCCACUGAAUCUGGUUGAAUGGGGUCCAACCGAUCAUUCGUUUGUCUUUGUGUUUGAGAACAACCUAUACUACCGGCAGUCGCCAGAUGCAGCCGAGAUCCAGAUAACAACCGAUGGCAGCCCAAGCGUUUACCAUGGUAUCCCGGAUUGGGUGUACGAGGAGGAAGUGUUCUCGACUAACAUCGCUACCUGGUUCUCACCGGAUGGUCGCCAGAUUGCAUUCAUUCGCUUCAAUGACACCGAGACGCCGCUCAUGAAAAUCCCAAUCUACGGACCACCGGGCAAUCCGGAUUAUCAGUAUCCGCAUGAGCUGUCCCUGCACUACCCGAAGGUGGGUACGAAGAACCCGAUCGUCCAUCUGUUCCAGUACGAUCUGCAGGAGCGCAAAAUGCAGGAAGUGGAACCACCGCGUGAACUGGUGAAUGCAAACCACGAUCACAUCAUUACCAGUGUCGGCUGGUCAUCGUCUAGCGAGCGGCUUAUAACGAUCUGGAAAAACCGAGUGCAAAACCAUGCGAUCAUACGAUCCUGCAAGGCGAACGGUUCCACUGCACCGGCCAACGACUGCCAGACGGUACACGAGAUCAAACUAACCGACGGUUGGCUGGAUCUGUUCAGUGCACCCAUGUUUAAUGCAGGCGGAACCCAUUUCGUGAUAGUUGCCUCUCAAAACCAGGGCGCGGCCGGUGGUUUCAAGCACAUUACCAUGAUCUCGACCACGGAACCGAACUCAGCGGAAGCCCUCACGAAGGGCAAGUUUGUUGUGCAAGAUCUGCUCAAGUGGGAUGCGAAGACGAACAUGAUCUUCUACACGGCCAACACGGAGGAGGAGUCACACGUUCUGCACGUGUACGCCAUCGAGGGACGGGUUGGUGCGGAGGCUCAAUGCCUGACCUGCGAUGUGAGCGUGGCAGAGAAGCAGAGCUUCUUCAAUGCCCAGAUUAGUCCAAAGGUUGGCAACUACCUGGUGCUAGAGGCACGAGGACCCAACAUUCCCUGGAGUCACGUGUUCCACUGGAGUGUAACGGAGGCUAAAAAGGUUGAACUGAAGUUGAUCAAAGCUUGGGAAUCGAACAAUCUGCUCGAGACAAUGUUGAAGCGGAAGGCCGUACCCAGGGUUGAGAUUCACGAGUUCGAGCUAGAUAAUGGGUAUAAGGCGAAGGCGUUGCUCUUGAUACCGCCCACCGUGAACACGAGCAGUUCAGCCGUCCAGCACCCGAUGCUGGUCGAUGUGUAUGGUGGUCCCAACUCGGCCAACGUUGUCGGUACGUGGUCGAUCGGUUGGGGAACGCAUCUUGCCUCGAACCGCUCCGUUGUGUACGCCAAGAUCGAUGGUCGGGGCAGUGGUUUGCGGGGUGAUCAGUUGCUAUACCAGAUCUACCGGAAGCUCGGUACAGUCGAGAUAGAGGAUCAGAUUGCCGGUGCCCGGAAGCUGGCCGAACGAUUACCAUACGUCGACUCGAAGCGUGUAGCUAUCUGGGGUUGGAGCUACGGUGGUUACGCAUCCGCCAUGGCACUGGCACAGGAUACGGAGCAUGUGUUCCAGUGUGCCGCAUCGGUUGCCCCUGUUACCGAUUGGUCGUUCUACGAUUCCAUCUACACCGAGCGUUACAUGGGACUACCGAGGGAUGAUAACCAGCGUGGUUAUGAACAAUCGCGCCUGACGGCUCAAUACGAUCGAUUCCGUAACCGUAACUACCUGCUGAUCCACGGUACCUUCGAUGAUAAUGUCCACUUCCAGCAGGCAAUGCAGCUUUCGCGUGCCCUCGAAACGCACGACAUUAUGUUCAAACAAGUGAGCUACCCCGAUGAGGAUCACAGCUUAGCUGGCGUUCGGCCUCAUCUUUACCACACGCUCGGUCGCUUCUUUAGCGAGUGUCUAAAAUUGGACUAAAUGACCUGCUGCUGCUACGUUUUACCGUUGCAUUCCGUAGCUUAGCUCUACGAUUAGAUCAAGAGAGAGCAGGCACUAAGAUCGUCACGAAUGUUAUCUACCUUUAUAAAAAAAAAACCAACCUCCUUAUUCCCCCGUACGUAAAUCAUCCUCCUCAGAUAUUGCCGCUACUUAAGCAACACAAACACAAAUAAUUUUGGUAUCCACCCUGGGCAGCAGGGUGAUGUAUAUAGUAGUUGGUAGCAAAAGUUGUUCGGAAUGUCCACAAUCCGGCUGACGGGCCGGUAUGGAUUGCAUUUCUCGGGAACAAUUGGAGAGACCCAGGCCAGCCAGGCUGUUGGUGCUCUGUUCUGUGCAUCGUUGUUGGCUGGCAUUUUAAUCCUGUAGGUUUGUGUAAGUGUAUGCUAUGUGUAAAUACCAUUAGGUCCAAUAAAGUGGCCAACAGUGUUAGGAAACAGUAUAGGAUCACGUGCGCACGCGACACAAUGAAACAUCUGGAGAAAGUUUUGUUUUAAGGCUUUUUACUGCCACAAAGGAAGGUACAAGAAAGCGAAACAAAGGUGUGGCAUAGCAAGAGAGGGCUAAAAAAUAGAGAGAACAGAAGAAACCGAAACGAAUGUGUCCGAAACACUAGUCAAAGGCAGUGAAACGGCACACAUCCAACAGCCUAGAAGGGAUUUAGACUACCCCCAACACCCAUGAGAAUGUUCAAUGAAGAAGUGCAAGGAUGAAAGUAGCUAAUACAAUGUCUUAUUUUAUGAAAAGAGAAA